AUGCUGUCCACCGCAGCCUCCUUGACGUUAACAACUGUGAUCUUGUUAUCCUUGGUAAUAAUCUUCAACACCGUACACGAUCCGUUGUCGGCUUCGGUCGGAUUUUCGCUGCUCGGUUGUGCGAUAACGUGGAAACUUGUACCCGCGCUUAAGGAAAGCUUCGUUAAGGCCGGUUUGGUUGGAAAGGAUGUUAACAAGAUUAACAAAGUUGAUAUACCAGAGAGCAUGGGGGUUGUAUGCGCAACAGUAUACCUAGUAUGUUUAUUUUUGUUUAUACCAUUUCCUUUCAUGGAAUGGUUUACCGGCAAAGGAGAGAUCUCAAGGACCAACGGAUUUCAUUCACCUACCUUUCCUCAUCACAAGUUGGGAGAAUUCCUAUCAGCAUUGUUAUCCCUACAGUCGAUGACACUUCUCGGACUUUCGGAUGACAUGUUUGACAUUCGAUGGCGAUAUAAGCUGAUGCUGCCGACCGUCGCCUCCAUACCACUGUUGAUGGUGUAUUACGUAAAUUUUGGCGAGACACACAUCGUGGUGCCUAUUCCGUUGAGAUUUAUGUUCGGAAGGAUUGUCGACUUGGGAUUCCUAUAUUACGUCUACAUGAGCAUGAUGGCAGUGUUCUGUACAAACUCCAUAAACAUCUUAGCAGGGAUAAAUGGAGUAGAGAUAGGACAAUCGUUAAUCAUAGCAUGUUCAAUUGCGAUCAAUGAUCUUUUGUUUCUACACGGAGCAGAUCCCGCCGUUGAAGCGCAUUUAUUUUCGCUAUACUUUAUCAUACCAUUUAUUGGUGUGUCCCUCGGGUUGAUCAUGCACAAUUGGUAUCCAUCGAAGGUUUUUGUCGGUGAUACCUAUUGUUACUUUGCCGGAAUGACGUUCGCCGUUGUUGGUAUACUGGCCCAUUUUAGCAAGACGAUGUUGUUGUUUUUCAUGCCACAAAUAUUUAACUUCAUCUACUCCGUGCCACAAUUAUUCAAGUUGGUCGAGUGUCCGAGGCACAGGAUGCCAAGGUUUAAUCCCAUAACGCAAAAAUUGGAGUACAGCAGGACAAAAAUAAAAAAACCUUUAAAAUUUCCAACCCUUUUGUGCCUGAAGAUCUUCUCGAUACUUGGAAUCGCUGAGAUCAGGGACCUUGACUCCAAUAAAACUAGAAAGGCCGAAAAUGACAGCCACAAAAAGAUCAAUCAUAAUGAUGUUAAUGGUGCUGUGGUCGAAGGUGAUGACGAUGGUGACAACGAGAAAGCCGGUUACAUUGAAGUCAAUAAUUUUACAAUACUGAAUUUAUUACUAUUAAAAUUUGGGCCAAUGCAUGAGAGAGAACUGACUAUUCUGAUAAUGGUGAUACAGGUGUUGGCCAGCUGUCUGGCGUUUGUCAUAAGAACACGAGUCGUGAAUUAUGCGAAUGUUGAGUACGGACCUCCGAGUUUCGUGGACUGUAUACCUUCGCUAACUGGCGGUAAUUUCACAAACAAAGUCGAAAGAAAUCCGCAACUUGAUAAAAAUGAGACGAUGCACAUGGACACGGAGCCUUCCAUCUUUGAAACAGACGAGAUAACACUUGUCGACAUGGAACCUGUUACCCCAACACCACCUCCGUCAUGCACGAACGACGAUGAAUCGAUGUCACCGAAUGUAGGCGAAUCGUCAUCGAUUAGAUCAGCAAGCCCUGAAUUUUCUUUCGAUCAAUUCAUGGAUGUUGACGUUACACUUCCACCAAAGUUGGUGUUCGACGAAAAUCAGAAGAGUUUAGACGAAUUACCGGUAGACUUUGACGAGCUAUCGUCGCAGGAGUUACAAACGAGAAUUCACGCUCUUCGUAAAUUCUCAAAAUACUUUCCAAUCCUGAGUGGGGUUAGAAAAUCGGAAUUGCUUGAGCAUCUACGGAACCUCCUACAUAAGGAUAAAGAAAAAGACGUCAAG